GCGCGGGUUUCCGCUCUUGUGCCGGGGAGGCGGCGUGAGCGACUCACGUAGCUGUGGCGGCCUGGGCGCCCUUCCGGCUGUCCCCACCGACAACAUGCUCCAGUUCCUGCUUGGAUUUACUUUUGGCAACGUGGUGGGAAUGUACCUGGCUCAGAACUAUGACAUACCAAACCUGGCUAAAAAACUUGAAGAGAUUAAAAAGGACCUGGAAGCCAAGAAGAAACCCCCUAGUUCCUAAGGCUGCUGCAGCCCUGCAUUCUGUACACACUGUCUCCUGCCCUGCAGCGGCCUCCCUGAUCUUCUGUUACCACAGUUUCUGUGUUGUCUCCAGCAUCAGUGAUUUUCCUCUUUGCUAGACUGCAUUGCCUCAGAGCAAAAACGGAGGCCCCAAAUCAGGAACUGUUCUUCACAAUUUCAGCUCCUCACAUCUUUCCAUGUCUUCCUUCCAGCUCUUCAGGAGGCUCGAAGACUGGAAUUAUGGUGCUAGGUUGGCAAACAUGACCUUUAUUUAGUAGUGUCUACCUUGUUUUGGGGAUUCCUGUUUCUUGUCAAAAGAAAAAUUGCGAAGUUGUAUAGCUGAUCAGAUACAAAUAAUGCUGAAUUCACAGUUUAGUGAUUACAAUGGGUGCUUGUUAAACAUUUGUUACUAAACUUUUUGUUUCAAAGUAUUAAAAUUAAUAUCUAGAACCCAGUUUCUAGUGAAUUAUCCAUUUAUUUUGUACUCCUGUCUGGCAACUCCAUAGUUGAUCACCAGUAAGUCAAUUUUUUGUUGAUUAAUUGAGAAAAUAUUUUCUAAGAAUCUGAUAGCUGAGGAAUUAAAGAAUAUGCAAAGUAA